UUAAUAUUAUCGAUAAUAAUAAUAAAUUUUGUGUAAACCUAAAAAGGUUUAAUCGUCAAUCAACAUGAUUAUCAUGGACAUGAAUACCAUUGUUAAUAAACAUUUAAAUGCUCCAGUGAGCGAUAAAACAUUUAAUAUUUUAUCGAAUGAAUUAGAUUCUUCUUCUUCUGCUUAUAUUGAUUAUUAUCAUACAUCAUCAUCAUCAUCAUCAUCAACAACAAUAGUUAAAAAAACCGAAAGAAAUCCAUAUCUACGUGAUUUACGACAAAAUUAUCAACUGAAUAGUUCGACAGAAAGUUUUCAUUCAUCAUUGAUUGGCGAUUGUUGCGCCGGUGAUGGUGAUAAUUUUGAUCAUCAUCAUCAAACAUCAUUGAUUGAUAAAUUUGAUUUAUCGGAUGAAUCAAAUUUAUCUACAUUGACAACAACAACAACAACAUCUAUUUCAACAACAGUGGCUGAUACAUUAACGGCAACCAAUUUAAUGUUAAUACAUUCCGAUACAGGAAUUGGAUUCGAGGAAGAAGACGAAGAAGAAGCCGAGGACGACGACGACGGUAAAGACAUUAACGUAGAAUUGGAUUCGAUAGUUGAUAAAGAAUUUCGAUUUCAAUCUGAAAAAUCUAAAUUAUUCAAUUAUCAAUUGAAUGAUCAUAAUAAUAAUAAUAAUUCUUCAUCAACAACAAUUUUCGAUCGAACAUUAUUUAGUACAAAUUCUAAAGUUAUUUUUGGUAACAAAAAAUUCUAUAUUUAG